AUGCCUUCUUCCUCGAGCAUAACAUCGUUUGCGCCGCCAGACAGGAUGCAGACGCUUGGAAACCAGAUAGGUUACAAGGUUCGCAACAUCUCGCAUCAUGGCCAACCUGCAAUUGUGAUCGAUCUUGACGAGAGUGAUGGCCGCGGUCACAAGUUUAUUACAAGCUAUUCUUCCAUGGAUACUAUCGAGGGCACAGUCACCAUCACUGCACCGCACGACAUCCGCUUUGAGGAUAUCGACAUUGCAUUCGUCGGUACAAGCCAUGUAUACGUCGACAGGAUGACGACCACACCCACUAUGACAGGGCGGACAGAGGCAAAGCACCGGUUUUUGACUCUUAGACAGCCAAUUGACGAAUCAAACUUCCCAACCCCAAGAAUAUUUGAAGCUCAUAGAGCUUACAAGUUCCCCUUCACAUUCACCAUCCCAUCGCAACUACUCCCAAAGGCCUGUUCACAUAGUGUCGCCUCGGACCACAUCCGCGACAUGCACCUUACGCUACCACCAAGUAUUGGCGAUCCCGAUCUGGCUGGGUUUGGCAGUACAUUGCUCGAUGAUCUGGCACCAGAGAUGUCAAAGAUAACUUAUGGGAUUCAAGUCAAAAUCGCACAAAACCGGGGAUCGGAAGGCAUCUCGGUGCUAGCUGAUAAGCUAAAGAAAGUUCGUGUCAAGCCCGCUUUCCCAGAGCAGCCUCCGUUGAACAUUGACCACAGCGAGGAAUACCGAUCGCGACAGGAGAAGACAGUCAAGAAGGGCUUGUUCAAGGGGAAGCUUGGGACAUUAUCUGCGAAGACCAUGCAACCGCCACCGCUUGUUAUCCCGGGCGCACGAUCAAGGUGGGAAAGGUCGAUCACGACGAUGGCCAAGUUAGUCCUACGUUUCGAUCCCACAGAGGAGGCCAGCGCACCACCAAAGCUCGGCUCGUUGUCAACAAAGCUGAAAGUCCUGACCUACUACGCCUCGGCUCCCCGACAAAACCUCCCAACGCAGUCAACACUGGGUUUUGACUUAUCGCAAGGUCUAUACUCCGAAUACGUGCCCCUGUCAAACCUUUGCAUCGCCGCCGCCCAAUGGGAAAAGCACGACGCAACACAAAACCCUAGUCCAGAAAGCCUAGUCCGACGUGACUCUGGUAUCAGUGAUUGCUCAACCAUGAGCGAUGCGGAGGAAGCCUUCGCAAUCGGCAUUCUACCUGCUUCCAAAGACUACAAGCAAGGCACCUUCUACACUGCACAAAUCCUUGUACCCAUCGCCCUUCCCACGACGCAAAACUUCAUACCGACGUUCCACUCCUGCCUCAUUUCACGAACAUAUACCCUCGCGCUGCAGUUCUCCGCCCAAGGAAGUUCAAGCAUACAUCUCAAGGUCCCUGUGCAGAUAUGUGCCGAGGGCAGUGAUACUGGUAUCGAGAACGCUAGGGCGAGGAGCGUAGAGGAGACGGCAUUCAGAGCUGCUGCUGAUGUCUUUGCGCCGCGAAGUGUUGCGCCACCGAGCUUCGAGACGGCGAGGAGUGCGAGUGUGGGAGCGAGGGAGGAGAUGCCGCCUGGGUAUUCCGCUUUUGCACCGCCGAGCACCAGGUACAGUGUGCACCAUUCUGUUGUGGCUUGA